AUGAAAUUAACACCAACAGCCAUAUACACUGCUCCUGAUAUAGAUUCACCUAAACAUUUCCAUCUUUCUAAAAAUGAAGAUCAUUCUACUAAUGGGAAAACAACUCAAAUUUCCGAUAUAGUAAUUAAAGCUGGUGGUGAAGAUAGAGAUAAACCAAGUGAUCAUAAAGAUACUCCAUUAGGUAAUUUACGAGCUGAAUUAACUACUUUACAAGAUCAUCUUAAUAUAUUUUUAACCGAAAGAAUGAAACUAGAGAAAUUGAAAAAUGGUGGUGGUGGUGGUGGUGGUGACAACAACAAAUCUAAUGAACAAGAUUUAGAAAGAAGAAUACUUGAUGAAGGAGUUGAAGAAGAGGAAAUUGAAUAA